AAUCAUUUGCUUGGCUCGGGCACAAGCAGCGAGCGCGACGGACCUCGGCGGCAAAACGAACUCUCGACGAUGGACCCGUUCAACAACUACCCCAAUGGCAAUCAAGGCCACCCGAACAUGAACCACAGCCGCAUGCCCCACAACAUGCAAGGCGUGCCCAUGGGCAUGCCCAUGAUGCCCGACCUUGGCAUGGGCUUUGACGGCUCGUACAUGCAAGGCGCUGGCGGCUACGGUUUGCCUCCGAUGCAACCACCCCCGAUGGCAACGGCCUUGACGCCGAUGUCGACCACGUCCAGCCAACCCAGCGCGGCAGCGUCGUCCACCACCUCGAAGGCCAAGAAGCCAUCGGCUGCUGCGUCACGCAAGCGCAAGGCGCCGCCGAGCGAUACGCAGUCCAACCCAGAUGUACCCGAUAGCCCGUCGUCGGCUGCUGGUGGCGCCGGCGGUGCUGCCGACAACGAGGAGAGCCGCAAGGCGCGUCGCCGUGAGCAAAUCGCCAAGGCCGCGCGCAAGCAUCGCCAGCGCCAGAAGGACGAGCUCGUCGCGCUCCGUGAGAAGGUCAAGGACUUGAAGGAGCAAAUCGAGGUGCUCCAGAGCUCCGAGCCGUCUGAGCACGACACGGAGACGGGCUGGAAGCAGGAAGCGGAGCAGCACGCUGAAAUUCGCGCGCGCGUCGACCAAGAAAACGAGUUUCUGCGCAAGACGCUCAUGGAGCAAAUGAAGUUCAUCCAGCGGCUCCAAGACUACUUUACCAAGCAGCCGCUCCUCAACGCGCCGUCGCUCAACAAGAUGCUGACGACCGCGCCGUCGUCGAGCGCCCCGUCGCCCGCACUCAUGCCGCCGCCGUCCAUGCCGUCGUCGUUCUUCCAGCUUCCGACCGUCUCGUUCCGCGAUACGCUCAUGAAGGUGGCCGACGACGCGAUCCAGGCCGCCAUGUCCUCUGUCCAGCACGGCGAGCAGCUCUUCAAGCAGCCCAAGGUCGCCAACAUGAGCUACCUCGGCGUGACGGUCCAGUACGAAAUGGCAAAGGACAGCAUCCAGAUCUUCCUCCGCCACGUGCUGCCCAACGUCAACUACAUGGACGCGAGCUCGCGCGUCUGGGACCUCCUCACGUCCAAGGCGUUCAACGAGGAGUUUCCGUUCAUGGAAUCGUAUGAAGUGCUCGACGCCAUCGACAACGACACCAAGUACGUGCGUGCACUCCUCAACCUCGCGCUCCCGAACGCCGACGCCCACGGCACGGGUAAGAUCAAGACGGAGCGGCUCCACGCGGUCAAGCGCCGCGUCGUCGCCAACGCCGUGUACAUGGCCGCGCGGUCGGUCACGGACGACCCGAGCUGGCCGCAGACGCCGGCGUACAUUCGUCGCAACCAAAACCUCGGCAUCGUGCUGCGCGAGUGCAUGGACGACGGUCGCCGCGCCGCCGAGGUGCUCUGGUGCAUGAAGGUGACGCUCGACGAGCACACGGACAGCUCGAUCACGGCCAACACGCCCGACACGAUCCUCCGCAACCUCUUUGAAGUCACGCCGCCCUUCUUCAAGUCGCUCUUGGACCGCGUCCAGUAG